CAUCGUAGACUUAGUAUCUCUGGUUCUGCAUGUAAAUUUAGAUUCGUCUGCAAUUAACAUCUUUGGUGAACGCUCGUAUAUGUCAAGCAUUUUGCGACGUGAGAGACAUCUCGUGUUUUGACGUGGCAAUAGCGAAAAAUCUUCCUACGAAGCAGUGUUGUUGACAACUGUGUUAUAUCGAUGAAAUGGUGAGGAGGGGGCGGAUGAUAGUGAAGAGUAGUAACAGCUAAAGGACACCUACAUAUUGUCAUAAAUUAUGUCGCUGUUGUUUUUGUGCUUGUUUUUUAUUUUGGGAGUAAACGCUGACGAGCAUACACACAUAUACAAUGAUAAUGAGGAAGUUGUGUUGUGGAUGAACACAGUGGGACCUUACCACAACCGCCAGGAAACUUACGCCUAUUUUUCGUUGCCGUUCUGUGUAGGCUCGAAAGACACCAUAAAUCAUUAUCAUGAGACCCUUAGCGAAGCUCUUCAGGGUGUGGAGCUUGAAUUCAGCGGAUUGGAAAUUGAAUUCAAAGCGGACAUCGCAAGUACACCAUACUGUGAGAUCCAGUUAACAAAGGAGAAGCAAAAAGCCUUCAUUUACGCAGUGAAAAAUCAUUACUGGUACCAGAUGUACUUGGAUGAUUUACCUGUUUGGGGCAUUGUGGGUGAAGUGGAAGAGACUGAAAGUGGAACUAACUACUACAUAUGGACGCACAAGAAAUUUGAAAUUGGCUACAAUGGAAAACAGAUUGUAGAUGUGAAUCUUACAUCUGAAAAUAAAGUUAAACUUGUUGAGGGUGCAAAGAUUCCAUUUACAUAUGAAGUUAUAUGGAAAAAGUCUUCAAUAAAAUUUGAAGACAGAUUUGACAAGUAUUUGGAUCCCAACUUUUUCCAGCAUCGUAUCCACUGGUUCAGCAUUUUCAAUAGCUUUAUGAUGGUUAUAUUCUUGGUUGGACUUGUUUCCAUGAUUCUUAUGCGAACACUUCGCAAGGAUUAUGCUCGCUACAGUAAGGACGAGGAACUUGAUGACAUGGAACGUGAUUUGGGAGAUGAAUAUGGGUGGAAACAAGUGCAUGGCGAUGUGUUUCGUCCUGCCUCACAUCCUAUGUUAUUCUCUGCACUAAUAGGUGCAGGUCAUCAAGUUACUCUAGUGGUACUAAGUGUUAUAAUAUUUGCAAUCAUGGGUGAAUUAUAUACAGAACGUGGUUCACUCUUGAGUACAGCUAUUUUUGUAUAUGCUGCUACUUCCCCUGUGAAUGGAUACUUUGGAGGAAGUCUGUACGCUCGAAUGGGAGGGAAAAUUUGGAUUCGUCAAAUGCUGUUGUCUGCAUUUAUGCUGCCAGCCCUUGUGUGUGGCACAGCAUUUUUCAUAAAUUUUAUUGCAAUUUAUUAUCAUGCUUCCCGUGCCAUUCCAUUUGGGACAAUGGUUGCUGUGACUUGCAUAUGUAUAUUUGUCAUAUUACCAUUGACCCUUGUUGGCACUGUACUGGGUAGAAAUCUUGCUGGGCAGCCCGACUAUCCAUGUCGUAUCAAUGCUGUCCCACGUCCAAUACCUGAAAAGAAGUGGUUCAUGGAACCUGCAGUAAUUGUUAUCCUUGGUGGUGUACUACCUUUUGGAUCGAUAUUUAUUGAAAUGUACUUUAUCUUCACGUCAUUCUGGGCGUAUAAAAUAUACUAUGUGUAUGGCUUCAUGCUUCUUGUGUUCAUCAUACUGAUGAUAGUCACAGUUUGUGUUACAAUUGUUUGUACAUACUUCCUCCUUAAUGCAGAAGAUUAUCGGUGGCAAUGGACAAGCUUCCUGGCAGCAGCAUCGACGUCAGGUUAUGUCUACAUGUACUCAUUCUACUACUUCUUCUUCAAGACAAAGAUGUAUGGCCUGUUCCAGACAGCUUUCUAUUUUGGUUACAUGGCACUUUUCAGCCUGGCCCUGGGAAUUAUGUGUGGGACUGUUGGCUACGUUGGCACCAGCUUUUUUGUCAGAAAAAUCUAUUCCACAGUGAAAAUUGACUAAAUUUUGAAGUGCUGAAAUUUAUGUGUCAGUUUAAACAAUGAAACAUAGUUUCAGUAUGAAACUGUUUUAUAUUUUGUGCUGUGUGGAAGCUAAUUUCUGCAAAUAAUUUCCUUCCACAAAGAAAAGAAAUGAUGGACCAAGAAAUUUAGAGCAAAGUUGGAAGCAUCUAAAAGUGUGUUAAAUUAUAGAGAAUGUACUGCCAUUUUUUUUUUAUUGUGUGGAUAAAAACUAGCCAGUGUUUGAGAGAAGUGCUUAAUUUACGGAACGGCGAGAUGGUAUUUCAUAUAAUCAAAAAAUGAAGCAGAUCAAAGGAUGUGAAAUGCACAACUAAUGAAAGCAAGUUCUUGAUAACUGUUUGUACAAAUAGAUUUUUAUUUUUAUUAAUUUUUGACUCCUUUUGUGCAGGACACCAUAAAUGUCACAAAACUUUUAAAAUUUGGUCAUCCGAUUCUGAGUCUUUCUCUCUUUUCGUUGUUAGCCUGGGACAAGAAAAACAUGUACACAAUUUAAUUUGAACUGUGGAUUCAUUGCAUUUUUAAAUAUUGUAAGAAGUAACUGAAGAAAACUGAAAAGUAAAAUUGCCCUGCAUCUAAAUCUGUGUAAGUGGUUACACACAGUUGGUAUUGAGUGCGUGUGCGCGUGUGCGUCGUGGAUGAAUGUGCGGCUGAUUUUUCAUCAGUUAAAGUCUGAUGUACUUUUAGAACUUUUUUCUCUGUUGUAAUGAUAGAUUAAAGCGUGCAUAUAAUCUUAAUAUUCCUCUUGUUGGUUGCUUUUUUUAAAACUGUAUAUAAUGAGGACAAUAGUUUAACCAUAGGUAGUACUGCUAUCCUUCACCAGUUUGUAUGAAUGAAAGAAAGUUAAAAAUCCUUUUAUUACAAACACACACAUUUUCCAUAAUCAAUCAGCAAAAUGUUUAUUUUAAUGCCAUUUCCUCUUUUUUAAUCUGUAAUAUGCAAAAAGUGGACAAAUAUGAAAACUUUGCAACAGAAAUUGCUAAUAUAUCAAAAGAAAAUAGUAAGAAUGUACGAGUAGAUGGGGUGCAUUUUUCUGUAGUGUACGUGUGUGUGCGUGCAAAGUAAGACUUACAUAAUUCUAGCACGUUUGGCACUGACUGUUACCUCUGCUGAAGGAAAACAUAUUAAUAAUAAACCAUCUUUUAAAUACCCAAAAAUAAGGGAUAUGAUUGUGCUCUGCUGUGAGACAGAUGAUGUGUAAACUGGAGAAUGCUGUAUCGAACUUGUGAUACCUGCCUUAAUGUAGCUUUUUUUGGUGCUGUAGAAUGUAGAGUAUUGAAGAAGUGUCAGACUGCUGCCGAAUACUUGUACUGUACAAUGUGUGCAUAUGAAGGUUUGGAAGGCUGUAUUGAAUAUAGGAGGACUUUCUUAUUAAUUGUGACUUACUUGCUAGUCAUGUUAGGAUGGUGACUGUUUCUGAUCUAUGAUUGAUUGGCUAACAUAAUGUACCAUGUUUUAAAAUGGUUACUUUAUGAAGAUUGUGUAAAAUUUGUAAAUGUAAUUCCAUUUGAGUAAGUACCUCUACACAUUCUAAAUAAAGUUUCCGUAUACCUUUU